UUAAAAAAUCAAUUGAUUGGUCAGGUGUUACUAAAGGGUUAAGGUUUGUAAAAUAUGCAGUAUGUGGCAAAAAAUGUUUACAACAGAACUUUUGUCUAAGCUAUGCAACGCCUAACGGCACAGGAUUUAAAG